AUGACUGCGAGCAACGAGUCCUUGCUCCCAUAUUACACGGCCCAGAGCGGCUCUAGAGUGGGCAUGUUCAAUACCGUCAUGGGGAAGCUGCAGCGACAACUGUACAAGGGAGAGUAUGACAUAUUCAAGUAUGCACCCAUAUUCGAGAGUGAUUUUAUCCAGAUUACCAAGAGGGGAGAAGUCAUCGACGUGCACAAUCGCGUCCGCAUGGUGACCGUGGGCAUUGCGUGCACCAGCCCCCUCCUCCCACUGCCUGACGUCAUGCUGCUGGCCCGGCCGGCCACUGGCUGUGAGGAAUUUCCUGGACGUGGCCAAGCCACCAAGAGGAAAAAACGCAAGGGUUCCAAGACCUUGGAGCUCACCAGGCUCCUGCCCUUGAAGUUCGUUAGGAUCUCUGUUCAUGACCGUGAGAAGCAGCAGCUGCGCCUGAAAUUUGCUACUGGCCGUUCUUGUUACCUACAGUUGUGUCCCCCUCUUGAAGCUCGGGACGACCUCUUUACUUAUUGGGAAAAGCUGAUUUACCUGCUGCGACCUCCCAUGGACAGCAACAGUAGCACCUACGCCAUUCCAGCCGAGGACAUGAUAUGCAUGCCUGUGUUUGAGGAAAAUGACAGGACCAGCCUGGCAGCUGCAGAGUUCCAAGGAAAAGGGGAUCAGGACCAGGUUAGCAUUCGGAGCCUCCACAUGGUCUCUGAAGUGUCUGGGACUUCCUCUGCUGCUUAUGCUGGUGGGGAGGGACUCCAAAAUGAGUCCUACAAACCUGCUAUGGUGGUGGGGGUAUCCACCCCCAAAACAAGAUCUCCAAAGCUUGGCAAAGACUCAGUCACAGGGACCACAGAGGCAGCAGAAGCAGGGGCGGUAGCCGGGACACCAACAGGCACUAUGAACGUGGCAGCCACCAAGUCUGCAGGCCCUGGGCAGGUGAACAGAGCCGUAGCAGGAGGUACAGGAGGAAACCAAGACAACAUCAACAUCACAGGCACAGCCAAUAUAUCCCCCAAGAGCUUUCAGGUGGCCCUGGCAGGUGCUAUCAGCCAGUCCUCAGAGUACAUUUCCAGUACGUCCAGCAGCCUCUCCCCAGGAGGCAGUUCCAGUGUGACCACUGCAGCGGGGAACCCUACCAACAAGACUGCUGGGGAAACGACGAGUGAUCCCGCAGAAGGUGAAACAGUCCUGGGUGACAGCCCUGAGGGUAGGCCCGCACGAGCCUCCCGCUCUGGGGCUGAAGCCCGCAAGCAAAGGAGAGAAAGACGGGGGAAGAGGGGGAAGGACAGAGUUCGCAGGAAGAGCUCCCGUCACCGCAGGGUGGGAGAAGGUCGUAACAAGAAGGCGGGGGACAAGAUAGGCCGAAAAGCAUCUCGCCACAGAGCCUCUAGAGAUGACAAAAAGGAAAAAAGCCGAGGAAGCCCUGGCAGACGUAGCCCCUCACACAAAGGCAUCAGCCACACACCCAUCACGGAGUCCAGGACCUCGCACAAGUCCGGGAGGAGCCUAUCCACCGCGAGCUCAGGCUCUGCGAGCAAGCGGCUCCACAGGAUCAGCUCCUUCCUGAGGAACGUCAGAGCCAACCUCAGCACUAAAGGGCUGGCCUCGCCGCAGGGGCAAGAUGUGGACAUCACAGCCAAGACAGUGGAGAGGACCAACAUGGAGGCCAUCGUAGAGGCUGGAGAAAGUGGCCAAGGACUGGAAAUUGUGGGCUCUGUGACAUCUGAGAUCAUGGAGACAGUGACAUUUGAAGCCCGUUAAGUUGAACCUAGAUCCGGAAACUGCAGAGCAGGACCAGGCCUCAGGGGGCUACCCCAAGAGUGCCUAUCCCAGCUUCCUUUCCUGCAGUUCAAAUAAAGAAUGAUACAAU